UCAAAGCGCCUACUUAUGGCAUCUCCGAAGCUUAGCUUAUCAACUAUCUACGCUAGGAUUGGGAAAUUAACCUAAUUAAAACACUGUGUUUGCGGCCUUUAAGCUUCACCGACGAUGUCGUUUUCUAAUUCGUGCCACCUUUUGAAAGAGUGUUGUGCAAAAAAAAUUAAUCAAGCGCCUCUGUGACGGACCGUUUUUGGGGAAAGGUGGGAGUUUAGAUAUAGGGGCCAAUUCGCAUGUCGUUUUCAAAUCUUCAGAUUGCGUCGCAUCGAAAAUUCAAGUGAGUUGAGCUUCUGGUUGAGGGUGUUGGCGAAGAGUAAACAAUCGAAAGUGUGCCGCUACUUUCCUUUUUUUUCUAUUUGGCCCCAAAAUCUGCCCCGGCUGACAUUCGCACUAUUAAACGAUAUUAUGAUAUAAUAUUUAUUAAAACCCGGAGAUCUUGCAUAACGUCAUCGUGACCACUUUCUCUUUCACCUCACUUCCUGCAAUUACAUCUCGUCGUCGCCAGUUUCUUCCUACUUCUCCAAGUGUUGCCACAAUGAAAAUUGCGAUCUGUCCGCUUGCAAUGGGAAUAAGCGGCUGAAAAUAGGGAACAGUAGCGGCGUCCCCUAAAAUCCCGAUUGAAUUUGGCGUAAAGUGCGUCUGGCGCGACUGUUAGUGACUCGCGGGUUUUUCGGGUACGAUUUCCUAUUCGCGAGGGGGCCAGCGCGAAUUUUGAAACGGUUCCAGGCGCAGUUGCGAGCAAAGGUGGGAAACGAAACGCCACUGCGCGGCUAUUAAAAGAAAGUUUUAUAUACAGAGUCUUAAAUUGGUAAUUACGUUGCGUGUCAGAAAAUCCUAUGGAUUUUAUCGACCCAGUUAAACACGUAGCUUUUAAACUUGCUGUAGAGUUUAAAUCGAUACAGCGCGCAUCUGUUGCAGUUCCACUGAAAUGGUCACCUCGCGAGGCUUCAUCGAGACGUCGUCGUCCGAAAUUUGCCCAACACUGUACAUCAACAGCGUCUUGGAAUUUUACAACGGCGCGAACGUGCUAAUAACGGGCGCGACCGGUUUCGUCGGGAAGGCGCUCCUGGAGAAGCUGCUCAGAACGUGCGGCACGAUCGGUAAGGUUUUUCUGCUGAUCAGACCCAAGCGCGGCCUGAGCGUGGAGAAUCGCCUCAAGGAGCUCCUGAAGAAUCCGAUCUUCGAUAAGAUUCGCGAAAAGAACCCCGACUGCCUGGAGAAGGUGGUCGCGGUGCCCGGAGACGUCGGCCAAGACAACCUGGGGCUUACGGAGGGCGACUACAAGUACUUGUGCCAACGGAUCGGUGUGGUUUUCCAUUCGGCUGCCACUGUGAGGUUCAAUGAGGAUCUGCGAGACGCGGUGCUUUUGAACACGCUUGGCACGAAGCGCGUUGCGGAGUUCUGCAAAAACAUCCAGAACUUAAAGAGCUUCGUGCACGUCUCGACAGCCUACAGUAACGCCGAUCGCAGUGAUGUAGAAGAAGUCGUCUACACGCCGGCGAUCGAUCCACAAUCAAUCAUUAACUGCAUGGAGACGCUUCCGCCCGAAGUAAUCAAGCUCAUCGCGGACAAGUUGAUGGGUAGGCACCCGAACAGCUACACGCUCACGAAGGCCUUGGCCGAAUGCAUCGUCCUCGAAUACUCGUCCAUCCUCCCGACUGCAAUCGUACGACCAUCGAUCGUAACCGCAUCCUGGAAGGAGCCAUUUCCUGGAUGGGUCGACAAUAUCAGCGGCAUCACUGGAAUACUAAUGGAAUGCGCUCGGGGCACCAUCAAGAGUAUCGUAUGCAACGAGGAACUGAUGAUGGACUUAAUACCGGUCGACAUCGUGGUCAACACCCUCGUAACCGCCGCCUGGCACACGGCCGCCUACAGAACGAACGAAAUUCGCGUCUACAACUGCACGUCGAGCCAAAUCAACGGGAUCUCGUGGAAGAACUUCGGCCGGCUCACCCAGAAGUACGCCGUACAGUACCCGAGCAAGUACAUCAGCUGGUAUCCCGGAUUUACGUAUCGCACGAAUCGACUGAUGCACUGGAUCUGCCACACCUUCCUGCACUACACCCCCGCGUGCAUUUUCGACGCGUUCCUCUACUGCACCCAUCACAAGCCCAUCAUGCUGAAAAUAUGCCGCAAAAUCGCGCGCGCGGCGAAAAACGGCGAAUUCUUCGCGCUCAACGAGUGGCACUUCCACACGGACACCACGAAGGACCUCGUCCGGGCGGUUAAACGCACCGAGGACGGUGAAAAUUUCCGCAUUGAUCUAAGCGAGGACGGCGGUUUCGUCUGGGAUCCCUACGUCAAAACUUAUCUGCUCGGAAUACGCAAGUACAUUCUCAAAGACGACCUGAGCAGCCUAGGCCGAGCGAAAAUUAAACUGAGAAGGCUGUACUGGAUUAAUAAACUCGUCCAGUUCAUUACGUUGUACGGGUUCGUUAAGCUUCUGCUAUGGCGAUGACAAUUAGGCUAAGUUUGUACUUUUUGUAAUUCUUAUGUUAUUCACAAAUAAAGAUUGCUAUUUAUUCG